CGCGUGCGAGCGGCCAUGGCCGAGUUCCCGUCGAAAGUGAGCACGCGGACCAGCAGCCCUGCCCAGGGGGUCGGCGCCUCGGCCUCCGCGCUGCGCCCGGACCUCGGCUUCGUGCGCUCAAGCCUCGGGCUGCUGGCGCUGGUGCAACUGGUGCUGGGGCUGCUUGUGUGGGCUCUGGUUGCUGACACACCAUACCACCUGUACCCUGCUUAUGGCUGGGUGAUGUUCGUCGCUGUCUUCCUCUGGCUGGUGACAAUCGUCUUCUUCGUCCUCUUCCUGUUUCAGCUGCACAUGAAAUUGUACAUGGUACCCUGGCCGCUGGUGUUAAUGGUCUUCAAUGUUGCUGCCACAGUUCUCUACAUAACCGCCUUCAUCACCUGCUCUGCAUCAGUUAAUCUAACGUCGCUAAAGGGCUCCCGGCCUUAUAACCAGUAUGCUGCUGCCUCUUUCUUCGCCUGCCUGGUAAUGAUUGCCUACGGAGUGAGCGCUUUCUUCAGCUUCCAGGCCUGGCGAGGAGUGGGCAGCAAUGCGGCCACCAGGCAAAUGGCUGGUGGCUAUGCCUAAGCCACCUGUGCAGAGGCCCAAGCUGUGGCUGGGUCAUAGUGCACAGGGCUACCUGCGAGCCCAAGCCUGAGGCUGAACUUCCUCUUCUCACUGCUCACAGGACACAAGCUUGCCAGCACGCCUGAGGAACAGACCCACAGUGGCAUGGGUGGCCUGCCAAGGGCCAGCCACCAGGACAUCUCCUCCAUCCCCCUUAUUCAGCAGAAGGUGACGGGGGAUGUGGGCUCUGGCAGACUCUGCCUUAUCAGAGGACUUCGGUGUCCCAGGCUGGGCCUGUCUUUCCCACCAGCACUAAACACACUAACCAACUCCAGACCUGUAGCCUCCACCUCGCCACAGUAGAAGCCUAACACCAACACAAUGUAUGUGUUCCAGGAGAGCUGCUCAAGUCGACAUGCGAUUCUGCUCUGAGCCUCGCCUCGCCUCGCCUCCCCCAAGCCCACAUGUCACCUGUAGGGAGACACUUCAUGGGAAAAGUUAGGAUUUCAGACAUUUCAGGUUAUUUAACAGUUGAUUUGAAACUGGAGGCUGCCUUUCCACAGCCCCUCCCUCACCCAGAACCUCAUUUGUAACUCUCCCUUUGGGAAAAGAGAGCAUCAGGGCAGACUGCUUUCCUAGAGCUGCUGAUUAGGCCCUGGGGACUUCAUGGAGGGAGGGAAGGGAGAAGGGAGGGAAGUGGGACUUUGCCUGGUGAGUUGUCAUGGGUUUGGUGACUUUAUGGUUUGGGAUUAUUUUUUACAAUUUGAAUAAAGAUGGAAGAACUUAUUUGGAAA